AUGCUUACAAUUAGACGAUCAGAGCUCAACUUCUGCGCUGCAGCUACGCUGCGGAGGCGCUCUUAUCUCAGAGAACGUGCGCAGUCAGCUGAUUCGCGAACGUCCAAAGGGAAUGGAACGACGAAAGGUCGGCGACGAUCGAUUGAGCGACCAAGAAUGUUCAGUGGAAUAAAGCCAAGUCGUCUAAUGCAUCCCCACAAGCUCAUCUCGAAUUAUUGA